AUGAGGGCUACAAUAGUGAGAGGUGGUCAGAGGUAUCAGGAGUUGAGGGUCUAUCACAGGCGAUGCAGCAAGUUGGAGGCGCAGAACUCCGAGAAACUACCAUCACAAACGGUAGUCAACCCAAAGGAGAAUGCAAGUGCAGUAGUGUUGAGAAGCGGAAAGGAGUUGCAGCCUCAACCAAGCUCACCAUCGAAAGCAGCUAAGGGAGACAAGGAAAAGGAGAGACACGGGUCAAACGAAGACCCCAUUGAGGUAAUAUCUGGUCCCCCUCUCCCUAAGGUUACUAAUGUUGUUAUACCACCCUUUCCUAGUAGGUUGCAGAAGUCCAAGAAAGAGGAAUAUGAGCAAGAGGUGCUAGAAACCUUUAGGAAGGUGGAGAUCAAUAUCCCUUUGUUAGAUGCUAUAAAGCAGCUCCCAAAAUACGCAAAAUUUUUGAAAGAAUUAUGCACUAACAAAAGGAGGCUACGAAUCGAUGAGAAGGUAAGAAUUGGAGAGAACGUUUCAACCGUGAUCAAGAGGACCUUAUUAGAAAAGCGUGCUGAUCCAGGUAUGUUCACCCUACCUUGUGUGAUUGGCAAUAAACGAAUCAAGCGUGUCAUGCUAGACUUAGGUGCAUCUAUCAAUGUCAUGCCAUACUCGAUUUACUGUGCCUUGAGAUUAGGUCAUUUAAAAGAAACUAGAGUUGUUAUUCAAUUAGCUGAUCGUUCUAAUGCCUACCCAAAAGGGAUUGUUGAGGAUGUAUUGGUGCAGGUUAACAAUUUAAUUUUUCCAGCUGAUUUCUACAUCCUGAAGAUGGAGGAUGAUACAGUCACAAUCUUUGGAAAGGAGGACAUGGAUGAUGAACUAGAGUUCAAUGCACAAUCGAACAAGGAAGAGGAGUUCGAUGCAUCCUAUGAUAGUCCGGUACCAAUGCCGGAACAAGAGGCUCUGGAGUUGGAACUAAAGGCCCUACCUGAUCAUCUUAAAUAUGCAUACCUGGGCAAAAAAGAGACACUACUCGUGAUCAUUGCGAAAGGGUUGACUGAGGAGCAGGAGGAGAGGCUCAUCAAAGUCCUAAAGGAACAUAAGGCGGCGAUUGGAUAUUAUCAGAUUGUUAUUGCCCAGGAGGACCAAGAGAAAACAACCUUCACUUGCCSAUUYGGCACMUUUGCUUACAGACGAAUGCCCUUUGGUUUGUGUAACGCUCUAGGCACUUUUCAAAGAUGCAUGAUGAGUAUAUUUUCUUAUUUUAUUGAGAAAUGUAUUGAAAUGUUCAUGGAUGAUUUUACUGUYUAUGGUGAUUCGUUUGAUGACUACCUAAAUAGUUUAAGUAAAAUUCUGAAUCGGUGUGUGGAAACAAAUCUUGUCUUAAACUAUGAAAAAUGCCACUUUAUGGUGAAUGAAGACAUUGUUAUUUCAGCUAGAGGAAUAGAGGUCGACAAGGCCAAGAUUGAUUUAAUUGUGAGCUUACCCUACCCUACAAAUGUUAGGGAGAUUCAUUCCUUUCUUGGACAUGCAGGUUUUUACGGCAGGUUCAUAAGAGAUUUUUCAAAAAUUGCCCUGCUAUUGUCCAAUUUGCUGCAAAAGGAUGUGCCUUUCAAUUUUGGUGAUGAGUGUAAGGAAGCAUUUGGCAAACUCAAGAGGUUGUUAACAAUUGCACUCAUUAUUCAACCACCUGAUUGGAACUUGCCUUUUGAGAUCAUGAGCGAUGCAAGCAACUAUGCGGUAGGGGCUGCUCUAGGUCAACGAAUUGAUGGGAAGAGCCACGUCAUCUACUAUGCUUCCAAAACAUUGAAUGCUGCACAGAGCAACUACACAACUACUGAAAAGGAGCUACUAGCUAUUGUGUUUGCUUUAGAUAAAUUUCGAUCAUAUUUGCUUGGCUCUAAAGUAAUUGUAUUUUCUGAUCAUGCAGCUUUGAAAUACCUGCUAGCGAAGGAGUCAAAACCGAGGUUGAUAAGGUGGAUACUCUUGCUCCAAGAGUUUGAUUUAGAGAUUAAGGAUCAAAAGGGAACUGAAAACUCGGUGGCGGAUCAUCUAAGUAGGUUGGUGAAAGGUGAUGACUCCUCACCCAUCUCUGAGUUGUUUCCUGAUGAGCAAUUGUUUCACAUAAAAGAGAAGACACAGACAUUACAAGAACUGAUAUCAGAGAUGGUUAAGGUUGAAAAGGUUUGUGUGUCAACAACAAAUAGGAAUUACCCUGGCCGAAUGGGGCAUAAAGAAGGUCAAAUAUAUUUGGCUUCUCCAUAUACAGCUGCAGCAUCUGCUUUGACUGGCUUCGUAACAGACCCAAGAGAGUUCUUGCAGUAA